CACAAAGGAAGAUAUUUUGAAGAAUGUUUGUAACCAAACAGUUGUGGGGCACCAAAAAAACUACUGUGGAAGUCAAUGGUACCCCACAACUGUAAAUGAUGACAGAAUUCAUUUUUAGGUGAACAUACAUAUAAUGUACAUUCCUGGCAUUUUUUGUGCACCAUUCAUCAGUGCAAUGAAAAAAUAAUCUUUGAAACACUUUAUUAUCAGCAUCCACCUCUAAAAGACUCUCCAUAUUGAAUGAUAUUACCAGGCCCUCUUAUUUUUCAAACCCUCCCCUCCAACCAACAUUUCACUAUCCAAUCCCGUUGGAUAAAAUCGCACCUGGUUUUUUUUUUUUUUUUUUUUAAAUAAUUUUUUAUGUUGUUUCUCUUACAUUUUGGAAGUAAAACAUGAUGCAGUGGCGUUUUCAUGUUGACUUCAAUAACAAAAAGCAUCUAAUCUUAUUCCAUAAUAUUCCAUCAUAGAAAUUCACAUGAGCUGGAGGCCUGGAGGUCAGCGGUAUUAUUUGUCCUUUUGAAAUGAAAUAUAAAUAGCACGCAGGUUAUCAAUUACACAUUACCCACCCAAAGCUUGUGAAUAAUUGAACAUAUCCUUUGGACAAGAGGGCUGAGCAGAAGAAAAGAGGCCAUUUAUGUUUACUUUAUUGAAAAUUACAUUAUUCAAUGCGCAAACACCGCUGGACCAUCAAUGAAAGCUGAUCUCUGAAAACAACACUCUAGUUUUCUGCUCUUUAUAGCACACUGUGCGUACAUAUCAAGUUCUAUCCGGUGGAUUUGGUUUAUUCAUAUUUGUUUUCCUCUUUGAUGAAUGUGAUCUGGUCAAUGGGGUGAAUGAAAAGCUGUCCUAGUUACGAGUCUCUCAUUUAGAUCACAGAGACAUCUCUGCUCAUGCUUUCCAUAGCCAGCAUACCUCCGGAGCUCUCGCUCAAAAUACGUGUGUGCACUUUUCUCAUGCCUCAUAUCUCUGCACAUCAUCCAUAAGCAGAGCAGAAUGAGAGAGGGAGAAAAAGCCGCUGUCUCUAUUGCGCUGGAUGGCCUCCAAGUCUGUGGCAGCAAAGUGAACAGUGACCUCUCUCUCACCUCUUCCUGCCUAAAUGCACAUGCACAGGCUCCCUUCCAUAUUUCAUACCAGAAAUACAUCCCCAGACAGUAUUUUACACCCAAUGUGGAAGGCAGCCGUCAAGUCCAGGAGGAGAGGGCAGGGCCUAAAUCAGCUUCGUGCACGCCAGCCUGGCCAUUAGAGCCAAGAAAAACAGCCAUCACUAUCGUACUGUCAUCUGGAGGAACGAGCCUCACUGUUCUGUUCGCCUACAGCGGAUUAACCACAAGCUCGUGAAAAUAUGACGACUCUGCCAUGUACUGGUGAGAUUAAACUUCUUGAAAUGGGAGGUGUGCUUAAGUCCUUUUGGCACGGUUUUAGUCCUCAAUAAACAUGUCAUAUGUACAACUGGCGCAGUGCCUGUGUCAACUCAAUGUGGAAAAUACAUGACAGAGAACCACAUAUAUGGAGUAUACAGGGUACAAUUAUUCAUUAACACGCUCUCGUCAUACAUAAUAGGAAAAGCGAUCACACCAGCUGCAACAUGUCUCAACAGUAUAGUCAGGGUGUGAAUAAUGGGGAUGGGGGCUCUGUCCACCCUAAUUAAGGAACCUCAAAAAGCGGAGGUCUUAAAAGUGUAUUUUUUUCACAUGUAAGAAUGUGUUUCAGUAACCCAAAAAAGUUAGAUUAGGAAGAAGUAAUAAUAAAGCGCUAAACAGACAAUCGUGAACAGAAGUUGCAUCAGAAGGAGGUAACCAUACAUGAUACAAAAGCUGUCACUGGGAUGGUACUAUUUCAAAAUUUUCUAAUGCCUCUUUUCCACUGAGUGUACGCAAUUUUUGCCUUUUCCGUUGUCAGAAGUUGUGAAUGGUACUCUAAUUCCGAACCGUACUACUUUUUUUCGACCCUUCUGUUGGGCUAGCUCAAUAGUCCAGUACUAAAGGGUGGAGCUAGACUCACUGCAGAAUGUUGAUUGGUUGACAGAGAAUCGUCACUUGCGCGUGCUUCAAGGGGAAUGACAACAGAAGAGGCGCCAUUUUUUAAUAAAGUUGAAAACAUAAUACCCUUUCUUCUUGUGACAAACAGCCACAUGCCAAGAAGCAAGAACAAGAUCUGCUGUAUGUCAUCCAUUGUUGUUUACUGUGUUGCUUUAUUCUUCGCGCUAGAAUGACAUUGAUCGCUACUUUCCGGCAUACACCACGCCUAUCAAUGGAGGGCUCGAGAAGCAGCUUCAACUCGACCUUAGAUGUACCUCCAGUGGGACUACUGAUGCUUGGAAGAUGAGUCCGGUAGCAAGAUGCGUACAUUAUGAUGGUGGAGUUGGGGAGGUGGAAGGAUGCCAAAACAGCUGAUGCUAGAGCAAGAUGGUGUGACAGUUGACAGCCUCACAAUGUGAUGGACAUCAUUUACAGUAAUCCUGGGAAAUUUCUGAAUGCAGUCACAAGUCAUCUUCUCCUCAGUCAUUUUGACAGCGCUAGAUGUUCAAAAUCACCCAAGAAAAGAUUCUGGGACAUCUGAGAGCACCAGGGGUGGCGGAGGUCGAUCAAGACCGUACCCUUCACCAUCCCGCAGGAGACACCGAACUACUUUCAGUAAUGAGCAGCUGGAACAGCUGGAGUUAGCUUUCAGACAGAACCACUAUCCUGAUAUCUAUUAUAGAGAGGAGCUCGCGAGAGCCACCAAACUCAACGAGGCUCGCAUACAGGUAUGGUUCCAGAACCGCCGUGCCAAGCAGCGGAAGCAGGAUCGUAUCACCCAGAAAGUGCUGCCGGUGGGCAGAGUGCCAGGGCGAGGGCCUCUCUUUAGCAGUAUGUGUGUGUCUUCCUCUGCCAUGGGGCGGCAGUACCAGUGCCCUCAUUCCCUGCCACACAUCCCCCGAUUCUCUUCAGUGCUGCCCCCUGGAGGCUUCCCAUCCCAUACGUCCUCCAGCAAUCAUUUCUCUUGCCCCUCCGGCCCUGCUCCAUCACCAGCCACCAGACAGCCUGAUGACUGGUACAAUCAGCUGCGUACCAUCGGAUCAUCCACUACUUCAGUGCUCUCACUGGCCUCUGUGUCGGCGCUGGAAACCACUAGUCACUGGAACUAGAGCAAGUGCUGAUGGGUUAUUGAGUAGCCGUAAACUCUUUUAUCUUCCCUUUUGUACAAGAACAAAUAAUAAAGUUUUUUCAAUGACAAAGCAAGAUUGAUGUUUUCUGUCUUUAUUAUAUUUUC